CACUUGCCCUCGUGUUUUAGCAACUUUUAAAAUCUUCAGCUUCCAUUUGUCAUUUUUGUCACUAUGGUUUCACGAGAUUCACCUCCAAAUCCAACUUCUAGUAUGCUACACCAAUUCAUUGUCUCAGACUCUAUUAAUAGCCAAAACCAAUUUGGGAGCCAACAUUUUGAUGCUUAUGGCUCUGCUUUGAGAGGCAACCAUAACACAUUUCCUCAGUCUCUUGGUUUGUUGCCUAGCAUUCAUUCUCUAGGGGAAAGAAUGUCUAGAUCAAUGGACCUUCUUCCAGCUCCCAUUGUCACGGAGGAAUCAGAGAUUAGCCAGACUAGACACUUGAUGGACCUUCUUGGAGCAGCUAACAAGACGAACCACCAAACUCAAAGGCUCUCCCUCUCUCUCGGUUCUCACAUGCUUGGUCCUUCGUUAAAUUCUAAUAUUGCAAGUUCCAGUUACUUGCUUUCCGGGGCAGAAGAUAGAGAAGUUUAUAAUCCAGGAGUGGAACACAUAAGUGAUUACUCUUUCACUGGUAACACAUUUGCUUCAGCUUCUAACUCACUACACCGAUCUUGUUCCACUACAUAUGGAGAAGAAUCUUUUGCCACUGCUAUUGGGAAUUCAAGGUAUCUAAGGCCAACUCAGUCACUUCUAGAUGAAGUUGUCAAUGUUGGCAGCAAAAAGAUUGAGGAAAAUUUUUUUGGGAAGUUAUAUCUAGGUGACAGAGGAGGGUGGUCAAGACUUUCCUCUGAACUAAGAGCAGAAUUCUGCAGUAACGAGAUAUUAUUGCCUGAAAAACAAGAGCUUCAAAUUAGACUUGCAAAGCUAAUUGGAUUACUCGAGGAGGUUGAGCUCAGAUACGAGAAAUACUAUCAGCAAAUGGAAGAAGUGGUUUCAUCAUUUGAAGCGCUAGCUGGUAUUGGAGCAGCAAAGUCUUAUACUGCUUUGGCACUCCAAGCAAUGUCCAGGCAUUUUGGCAGUCUAAAAGAUGCCAUAAUAUCUCAAGUAAAUGUCACCAGAAGAAAGUUUUCGCACGAUUUACCGAGAAUCAACAGGGGAUUAUCGCAACUUAGCCUGUUUGAUAGAGAUUCUAGACACAACCGACUGUCUCUUCAACAGCUUGGAAUGAUCCCAAGUCAGAGGCAAGCUUGGAGGCCUAUUAGAGGAUUGCCAGAAACCUCUGUAGCAAUCCUUCGGUCUUGGCUUUUCGAGCACUUCCUUCAUCCUUAUCCAACUGACUCAGAGAAGCUGAUGUUGGCAUCACAGACAGGCCUGACCAAGAAUCAAGUGUCAAACUGGUUUAUAAAUGCCCGAGUUCGAUUAUGGAAGCCUAUGAUAGAAGAAAUGUACAAAGAGGAGUUCGCGGACUCUUCACAAGACUCUGAUCCAUCGUUAGCCAGCAGUUCCAUGGGCAGGGAAGGAAUCACAGAUCAAGCUGAGGAUUGA